UCUCUCUCUCUCUCUCUCCUCGCCCCCCCCUGCUCCCUCCUCUUCCUCCUCCACCUCCCUCCUCCUCCUCUUCCUCCUACCUGAUUCAGAUCCGCUCCGACGCUAUGCGUAUGACCGCGUCUCUCUCUGCAAGCCGAGCACCACCGGCGAGACAGAACGCCGGCUGAACCAGCGACCCAAAAGCCGGGCAAACAGGAGCGGAGGAGACGCCGCUGCUGAUUCAACCUCCGGCGGGGGGAGAGAAGGAGAAGGAGGAAGAAGACAUUACCGGGCGUUAAGAAGUUCUCCUCCCUCCUCCUACCUGUGUCUCCUCGCUCUCUCUCUCUCUCUCUCUCUCUCUUGUCCUCUGCUGCUCUGAGCCCGCCAUGGCGUCCAAACUGAACCCAAACGUCCUGUACGUGGCGGAGCACGGCGAGUCGCUGGGAUCGCCCCAGGCCGACUCGGAAAGGACUCAUAUUGCUGGAGAGGCGGGAGAAGAGUCAUCAGACAGCGACGGGGAGCAAGAGGAGACGUCGCACAAGCUGAUUCGUAAAGUGUCGACGUCGGGACAGAUACGGGCCAAGAAAAGUGUGAAGGAGGGAAUCCUGUUGAAGCAGACCAGUUCUUUCCAGAGAUGGAAGAGGAGAUACUUCAAACUCAGAGGGAGGACCCUGUACUAUGCCAAAGACUGCAAGUCUCUGAUUUUUGAUGAAGUGGAUUUAUCGGACGCCAGUGUGGCGGAGACCAGCACCAAGAACAUCAACAACAGCUUCACGGUGAUCACUCCUUUUCGCAAACUAAUGCUAUGUGCCGAGAGCAGGAAGGAAAUGGAGGACUGGAUCGGCGCCCUCAAAUCCGUCCAAAAAUGGGAAACCUACGAGGCCAGCCAGUUCAACAUGGAGCACUUCUCCGGUAUGCACAACUGGUACGCCUGCUCGCACGCCCGACCGACCUUCUGCAACGUCUGCAGGGAGGCUCUGCCGGGGGUCACGUCCCACGGCCUGUCCUGUGAAGUCUGUAAGUUCAAGGCUCAUAAGCGCUGUGCCGUUCGCUCCACCAACAACUGCAAGUGGACCACGCUGGCCUCCAUAGGAAAUGACAUCAUCGAGGACGAGGAAGGGGUGGUCAUGCCCCACCAGUGGCUGGAGGGCAACCUGCCGGUCAGCGCCAAAUGUGUGGUGUGUGACAAGAACUGUGGCAGCGUGCGGCGGCUGCAGGACUGGCGCUGCCUCUGGUGCAAAGCCAUCGUCCAUAACAGCUGUAAAGAACAAAUGGGAAAGGUGUGUCCCCUGGGUCAAUGUCGAGUGUCCAUCAUCCCUCCCACUGCACUUAACAGCAUCGACUCAGAUGGCUUCUGGAAAGCCACCUCAGCGUCGUGCUCCAGUCCUCUCCUGGUCCUCUGCAACUCCAAAAGUGGAGACAACCAGGGGGUGAAGUUCCUACGCAAGUUCAAGCAGUUCCUCAACCCGGCUCAAGUGUUUGACCUGAUGAACGGGGGACCAGAGCUCGGCCUGCGCCUCUUCCAGAAGUUUGUGACGUUUCGUAUCCUUGUGUGCGGAGGAGACGGCAGCGUGGGCUGGGUGCUCUCAGAGCUCGAUAAACUAAACCUUCAUAAACAGUGCCAGCUUGGUGUCCUUCCUCUGGGCACAGGUAACGAUCUGGCUCGUGUCCUCGGCUGGGGAGGCCUCUGUGACGACGAUGCUCAGCUGUUGCAGAUCCUGGAGAAACUGGAGAGAGCCACCACCAAAAUGCUCGACCGGUGGAGCGUGAUGACUUACGAGCUGCCCACCAGCGCUAAACGCACACCGAUCGUGAAAGAAGACGACAGCCUCGAUUCUCCUCUGCAGGUCCACAUCACUCAGUAUGCAGACUCCGUGGCCUCCCACCUCGCCAAGAUCCUCGACUCGGACAAGCACAGUGAUGUCAUUUCCUCUGCCAAGUUCCUGUGUGGGACGGUGAACGACUUUGUGGCGGAGGUGGGGAAGGCGUACGAGAGAGCCACGGAGAACAAGGAGGAGGCCGACGCCAUGGCAAAGAAGUGUGCUCUGCUCAACGACAAGCUGGAUUCACUCGUCAAGGCCUUAAGUGAGGAAGCGGAGGCUCAGGUGGUGCCGGCAGGGUCGGUGCCCAGCCAGGAGAGCGGCGGCUCGAGCCCCGGGGAAAGUGGUGGGGAGUCGGGUUCAGAGGGUAAAACAUACCGGUCCAAGGAGCAGCUGAUGCUCCGAGCCAACAGCCUGAAAAAAGCCCUGAGGCAGAUCAUCGAACAGGCCGAGAAAGUGGUGGAUGAGCAGAAUCGACACACGCAGGUCCAGAGGAUGUCGUCGUCCUCCUCCUUCAAAAGAGAAAACAGCGAGGAGCUGAAGGAUGCUGAGCCGCGUCUUGGAAGCUUAAGUCCCACGUCCCCCAUCGUCCUUGAGAAACCAGAGAGCCUGAACACUGUCACCUUCAACGAGGACGCUGUACACUGUUCUGAGAAGUGUGUGAUGAACAACUACUUUGGCAUCGGCCUGGACGCCAAAAUCUCGCUCGAGUUCAACAACAAGAGAGAUGAGCACCCGAAGAAAUGCAGUAGUCGUACCAAAAACAUGAUGUGGUACGGAGUUCUAGGGACUAAAGAGCUGGUCCAGAAGACGUACAAGAACCUAGAGCAGCGAGUUCAACUGGAGUGUGACGGUGUUCCCAUGUCUCUGCCGAGUCUGCAGGGCUUGGCUGUGCUCAACAUCCCCAGCUACGCAGGCGGUAUCAACUUCUGGGGAGGCACUAAGGAGGAUAAUAACUUUGGCGCUCCGUCUUUUGAUGAUAAGAAGUUGGAGGUGGUGGCGGUGUUUGGCAGCAUGCAGAUGGCCAUGUCCAGAGUCAUCAACCUGCAGCACCAUCGCAUUGCACAGUGCCGGCAGGUGAAGAUCACCAUCCUGGGGGAGGAGGGGGUCCCCGUGCAGGUGGACGGAGAGGCCUGGAUUCAGCCGCCCGGCAUCGUCAAGAUCGUCCACAAGAACCGAGCGCAGAUGCUCACCAGAGACAGAGCGUUCGAGAGCACUCUGAAGUCAUGGGAGGACAAGAGGAAGAUCGACAGCUACCGCGCCGACCGGCCCCGCCUCAACUCCCAGCAGUCCAUGGAGUACCUGACGGAGGAGGAGUGCGCUCAGGUGCAGCAGCUAGGACUGGUGGCCGACACACUCAUCACCAAGAUCCGUGAGGCGGCCAAGACCCACAAGCUGGUGGAGCAGGAGCUGGCUCACGCCGUCAACGCCACCGCCCUGGUGCUCACCGAGGCCAAACUGUCCAGCCCCGAGUGCCUGAGUCGCAGCACGGCGGUGGAAAUCGUCAACAGCAGUAAAGUUCUGCAGGCUGAGACCAAGAUGCUGCUGGAUGGAAAACUACUGUCGGAGUGUCCGGAGGAGGAGGAGCUACGGUCGACUCUGAACAGCCUCAGCGCCGAGCUGCACAAGCUGGACGACAUCCACUGGAUCUGUCCGCUGAUGCAGUGCUCCGAGGAGGACUCGGUUCGGGGCAGCAGUAAGAGCAGCAGCAGCAUGAAGCUCAAGAUCAUUCCCAAGGUGAAGAAGGAGAGGGAGAAGCUCCACAAGCAGAAGUCCAACAGCUCCCUCUCAGGUACUUGGGAAAUCAAAGGUGGGGCGGCUGAAGCGGAUUCUCCGGGCAUCUGAAGUCUCGAAUGAGGUGCUUUUUAUUUCUGCCCCGUGUUACUUUGACAAUCAGGGGCGAGGAGCUCCUCCGCUCUGACCGUGAUACCCGGGGACCAGUCAGAGGCGUGAGGAAGAAGAAACGAGGAACCAUCUUCCCGACUUUUACGCCAUUCCCUCCAUUUUUGAAGUCUCCUCUCAGAGGAUGAAGGCGUCGUUCCUUCAGUUUUUUUCAUUUUAUUGACGUACUUUGAAGGGGCCUGGUUUUGCAUUGCAUUGCGUCACCAUUGGGCGUUCUGCUUUGGGUUGUGUUUACCUGCUUGAGUAAGGAUGUUGUCCUGACCAGCAGCAAAUCAAACCAAGCAAGAAAUGGAAGAAAAAGCUCUUGCAAUUUUUUUUGUUUUGUUUUUUUCGACAAAGAAAUGUGUUUACGUGGUGCUCUCUUUGCAUGUCGAGUGCAGCCGUCUUAUUUUCUAUCUAUCACAAGUUGUUACAAACUUUCAAUUCUCGUCUCUACUUUCAAUCCUUUAAUUCUUAACUUGCAGCCUUUGGACUUUGAUUUUUUUUCUCAAGACUUUCGGAAAAGAGUAUUUAUUUGUUGUUGCUACUGCCAUGAGAACUCAAAACGGCAACAAAUCAAGAAAAAUGAACAAACUGAAACAUCUCAACCUUAUCGUCUACUGAACUGGGAAACAUCUUAAAUGUUGCAAAAAAAUAUACUGAGGAAUGUACCUGUGUGGACUUGUAUUAUUUACCUGUGAAUAAUGAUAACGUCAUAUAAGAUUUCACAAAGGUUCUAUUGUUGUGGUUCUAAAGUGGUUCUUAAAUAGGAUGUCGUCUGACUUGUGCUUUCUGAGGCUAUGCAGCCGCACUGCAAAAAUAGCGUUGUUUACGACGAGUCAUUUCGUCUGGAGAUUAGCCUUACAAAAACAUCUUUGAGUGUAGGAUUUAAUGUACGGUACAAACUCUCUGUUAUUAUCAAAGUCUUAAAUUAUGCUGGAGUCAGUGAAUAAAUCCUUUUGGUGGUACAGAACCAGACGAAAUGACUCAAGCAGUCAGAUGUUUUUGCAGUGUAAGGUGUUUACAGGAGGAGGAAGCAUCAAGGACGCUUUGAUAAAACAUUACUCAGUAUAUUACUUCUACUUUGCCAUACUGCUGAUUGUAUAUUUAACAUAGGAAUAAGAGUCAGUGGAUAUUUAAUUUUGCCUUGUCUGUGGUUAAAAGCUAUUAUUAUAUUAAUAUUAUUGCAAAAAAUAUAUAUAUAUAUAUUUUUCGUAUAUCUUAUUUUUAAAUGCUGAUCUGCUUUGCUGCUUCCCCCUUUGACAAACUCCUUGGCCACUGUGCAUAUAAUCGAAGCCAAUAAAUGCUGUUCUGUGUG